AGAAGGAAAGAGGGAGGGAGGACUCUCUUUCUAUCUUACGCAGACAGAAGAGUAGCGGUAAAAGCUCUACUGAGAGAUCUCAACGCAUAUACUCUUCUCCUUUCAGUUUCUUCUCCAUCUCUCUGCUAUUGCUUCUUAGAUCUGCAAGACAACCGUUUUUUUCUAAUUGAUUUUGUUCGAUUCAUUCCAAAGAUAUUUGGGUUUUUUUCCCAUCAGAUUCCUCUUCGGAAUCACACUCAAAUACAUUAAAUUUUAAACCUUUUAUGUUUAGAAAGGAAAAUUAAAAGUGGGUUUUUGAUAGUAGUGUGUGAACGGAAUGGGGUCGGGAGAGACUGCUUCUUCCUCUUCUCAGCAUAUGGAGAUGUCGAUCGCAGAUCUGCGUAAGAAGCAUCAACAAGAACUAGAAAAUCUCACAUUGACAUCACAACCCUUCAAAACUCUGAAGUUUUUUGGUUUGGCCAUUAUCCAAUACUUUAAGCAAUCAAUAGUAUAUAUUUUGGCAAAAGGUGGAUGGCUUCUGCUGUUAAGCACUGCAGUUUUGGCUUUUGGAAUUCUGCUGCUGACCAUUGAUGGCCCUCAUGAAAAGCAUAUUGAAGAACUCUCUAAGUAUGCCCAAUUUGGAUUGUGGUGGAUUGCACUGGGUGUUGCAUCUUCAAUUGGUCUUGGGUCUGGCCUACACACCUUUGUCCUCUAUUUGGGUCCUCAUAUUGCCCUAUUCACCAUAAAAGCAAUGCAGUGUGGUCGAGUUGAUCUGAAAAGUGCUACAUAUGAUACAAUACAAUUAAAAAGAGGUCCAUCAUGGCUGGACAAAACUUGUGAAGAAUUUGGGCCCCCAUUGUUCCAGUCAUCACAGGGUUUGAGGGUUCCUCUUAGCAGCAUACUGCCACAUGUUCAAAUAGAGGCUAUCUUGUGGGGUAUUGGAACUGCACUUGGGGAGCUUCCUCCGUAUUUUAUCUCAAGGGCAGCAAGCAUAUCAGGCAGCAAAGUGGAUGCCAUGCAAGAAUUGGAUUCAACUGAGGAUAAUGGAUUCAUUGCUACAAAUCUGAACGAGAUCAAACGCUGGCUUCUAACUCACUCCCAAUAUUUGAACUUCUUCACAAUAUUAGUGCUAGCUUCAGUCCCAAAUCCGCUGUUUGACCUUGCUGGCAUCAUGUGUGGACAAUUUGGCAUUCCAUUCUGGAAGUUCUUUCUCGCAACAUUGUUAGGAAAGGCAAUUAUUAAAACUCACAUACAGACAGCUUUUAUCAUCUCUGUCUGUAAUAAUCAACUACUUAACUGGGUUGAGAAUGAAUUGAUCUGGGUGCUCAGCCUUGCACCUGGUCUUGAUUCUUCCCUUCCCAAGCUCACAGCAAAACUCCAUGCAGUCAGAGAUAAGUACUUGGCAGCACCACCACCAGUUCACUCUAAUAUCAAGGUACUCCUUACUUCUACAUUAAAGCUCUAUCAAUAUUUUUGCUUGGGUUUUGACUAUGGAGUGCCACAUCCUGAAAUAUGAAUCCUCCCUAAUGCAACAAUAUGGGAGAAUUUGAAGAAUUACUACUGUCUUUUAACCACUACAAUAGGGUCUUAAAAUGCAAGGUAUGCAGAAUUUUUCCUUUCCAGUUAAUAUAAUCUUUCUUAAACUCUACACAUAAUACUUCACAGGUUAAAAAGUGGGAUUUCUCAUUUGCUUCAAUGUGGAACACAAUUGUCUGGCUUAUGCUCGUCAACUUCUUUAUCAAGAUUGUGACAGCAACAUCCCAAACUUAUCUGAAAAGGCAACAGGAGGAGGAGCAAAGAGCUGAAUUGGCAAAAGUGUCAUCAGCUUCAACAAAUUCUAGUUAGGAUUCAGACCAUGUGCUGUCUUGAACUGGCUACAUCGUCUCUUAACUGUUUUCUUUUUUUUCUUUUUUUUUUCUAAUUUGUUUUUCUUUCUUACGAGUAGCAACAAUAGUAACAACCAAAGUGACGUCUCUUUCACAAGUGAAAAUUGAAGCUAUCUAUGCAUUGCCAGAUUCCCCUGUUAGAAGCUUGUAUAGAAAUAGAAAGGGAAUGCUGAAUAGAAGUUGCUGCUAUGUAAUGUUGGGGGGGAAACAUUGUUUUGCCCAUUGUCAAGUACCAUUUGACACUGGGAAAUUUGAACAAUUUGUUAUUCUUUGGCAAUGGAAAACAACUUAUCUACACAAAUUUAAUGU